UGGACAUUUCAAUUAAAAAUGGAGAAACGACGAAAAGAUUUAUACGGGAUAAUAAUUACCAAAAUAAUUCACCACAAGAAGGUAAAUGGAACUUUGAUUGUUGUUUGAGUCUAGAACUUUUGGACGCAUAG